AUGAGCAACAGGCAGAAUGAUAUAACAAACGUCUUCUCUGUUCAAAUCAAUGACUAUGACUCGUAUCAGACUUUUCCCUCUAAGUUGGAUAACCUCUAUGGCAAUGUUAAUCAGGUUCCAGUGAUUCGAAUAUAUGGAACUAUUGCGGUUCCAAAAACAACGCCUAAUUUGGUAUUCAAUGUGCUUGUACACGUUCAUAAUUACUAUCCGUAUUUAUAUGUAGAUUGCUUCGAAGCAGAUAAGAGGAAGUUGGCUUCCAAAGAGCACAUAGACAAUGUUAUCAAUUACUUAGAGGCAUCCAUGAUAGACUCAUUUAAACACGAUCACCAAAAUAGCAGGACACGUCGAAAAUUCAUAGCGGGGGUUUCAGUGUGUCGGGGAACCCCGAUAUAUGGAUUUCAAUUGGGCCAUCGCUUGGUUUACCGAAUAUCCUUGUUAUCUCCUAAAUAUAAAACUAGACUAUCGAAGCUAUUGUAUGAAAGGAAAAUUGAUCUUAGCUCAUUAGAACUAGAUUCUAAUCUCAAGCGGCCAAAGAAAAAGGCUCUCGUUUAUGAAGCACACAUACCGUAUUUUCUUCAGUUCCUAGCUGAUUUUAACCUAUUUGGAUGUGGAUGGCUUUACAUCGACAAGAAUAGAAAUCUUGGUACCAAGGGUAUUUAUUUCCGCUCCCCAGUAAUCUCUGAAAUUCACAGACAAGCAUUUACGGCCACCCAGAUUGCCAGUCUAAAAAAUUAUCUUUCAAAUUUUAUUAAUGACAAGAACAUCCUUCAGAAUUCUGUGGGAUCGGAAUCUAAUUCAACUAAGUUUGAUAGAGUAGGUAAGUCUUUGCUCGAGAUUGACAUCAAUACGAACAGCAUCAUUAAUCGAAAUUCAUUGGAACUACGUGAAUUACACAACGAUUUCUUUGAAUUACAGGAUUAUAGGAAGUUGCUUGAAGAUGACCCUCAACAUAAAACUCAUGGAUACAAAUUUGACAGGGAAGGAAACCAGCGUAUUUAUUUGGCUUCUUUGAAACUCGUUUACGAAGAUUUAAAAUAUCAAUGUAACAUUAGAGGAUCGACUUUUCAAGCUUCAAGUGACACUAGUCCCGAUGAUGAAAAAUUGAAUUACUUCGGCACUGGCGAAACCGAAUGGUCUAACUAUCAAGAAUUAUCGGAGCUUUUGAAGUAUGUCGUAAAAUUGAAUGGACAAACUAGUCUCGACCUUGAAAAGUAUUCGAAAAAGUUCAUAGCCUGUAAAACAACUUCAAUUGUAGAUUUGAUGCGUAAACCAUCAGACGUAAUUGAAGAGCCAGCUUUUAGAACGGCAUUUGAAGAGAUUGAAUUUGAAAAGACCAACAGAUUGAACAAUAGUCAAUUACAAUUUGGUACUGAUCUUGUCAAUUGGAAAAGCGAUAUCAGAAUGCUUUACAAUGAAAAAGGUGAUAUUCAAAUUCCAAGUUCAUUUGACGAAUUCACCUUUUCAUCAGAUACGAACACUUCAUUCUCGUCCACCUCCAUUGAGGCGUUUGAUAUUGGAUUUGGUAGUAAUUCAUACGAAGUGUUGAUACCAGAGGAAUUAACUAAAAGUAAUAUAUCGGAAUCUGUUGAAAAAUAUGGAAUUAUGAAAAUCAACUACGAAGAUCCAUUCUACGAUAAGCAAUCUGAUAUGCCCAGUAAACCAUUGAUCUUUGCAAAUAAGAAAAUUAUUGUGCCUCUAAAUAAUUUGUCCCUGAUAGCCCGAUUACCAAUGUCUAAGAAUAUUGAAUCCUUUCUCGAACAGGCUGUAUUCAAGCUGAAUAUCGAUUUCGAUCACCCAAAAUUCGAUAAAUGGCAGUAUUUGCCAGAAGCUCCUUCUAAAUCGGAAAUUGAUGAGUGGUUGCAAGAUGGUGAAAAUAGACUAAGGAAGAAGGCAAAAAAGUUCAGGUCUCAAAUAGAACCUGGAGUUACUCAAUCCAAUGACUUCAAGUUUUCCUAUAAUUCUGAAAAGGUGAAACGCAGAAACGAUGGUUUCAAUCGUUUGAGCGAUUUCCACUUGGAGGCUCAUGUUAAUACAAAUGACCCCAAAUUUUCUCCAGAUCCACUAAAGGACCCUGUUUCUAUUAUAAGCUACUAUUUUGAUGAUACAAACAAUAUGUUUGAGAACCUGAAGAACAGAUCAGGUAUCUUGAUAUUUAAUGAUAACAUGAUUGAUGUUAAGAUGUUGAGAAGUGCAAUGAGUUUUCUUGAAAAUGGGACAGAAAUUGAAGUCUUUGACAAUGAAUUACAUAUGGUCAAUCGCUUGGUUUCGAUAAUAGAAAAAUUUGACCCAGACAUUUUAUCAGGAUAUGAAGUCAAUGCGUCUUCAUGGGGCUAUCUCAUUGAGCGAUUCAGAACUGUUUAUGAGGUAAACUUGUUAGCAGAUUUCAGCAGAGGUUCUUAUAAAACAAAUGGUAAAUUUGGUGAUCGUUGGGGCUAUACGCAUACAUCGAAUAUCAAGAUUAAUGGAAGACAUAUUAUAAACGUCUGGCGUCUUCUCCGUCACGAAUUGAGCUUAACAAGCUACUCACUUGAAAAUGUCAGUUACCAUCUUCUCCAUCAAUCGUUACCUAAGUUCCUGAACUUUCAAUUAUCCGAAUGGUUGCGAAGUAAUAAAUUUCAGAACAUAUUAACAGUUUUCCGAUAUUAUCAACGUAGAAUUGCAUUGGUAAUUAAGAUCAUUGAGGUCCAAGAGCUUGUUACUCGAAAUGUGGAGAACUCUCGCUUAAUUGGAAUUGAUUUCAAUUCCAAUUUCUACAGGGGAUCACAGUUCAGAAUUGAGUCGAUCCUUUCAAGACUUGCUAAGCUGGAAAAUUUGCUUUUGAAUUCCCCUUCCAAGCAGCAAGUAUUUGAAAUGAAACCAAUUGAAUGUAUUCCUUUGAUCAUGGAACCAAAUUCUAAUUUUUACAAAUCGCCUCUUGUUGUGCUUGAUUUUCAGUCGUUGUAUCCUUCUGUCAUGAUUGCCUACAACUAUUGCUUUUCGACUUUGUUGGGAAGACUCCAUAAUUUUAAUCCUAAUAAGAAUGAAAUUGGUUACUUAAAAAACUUAUCGUUGCCUCCUGGGUUGGUGGAUCUUAUGGAAAAGGAGAAUGCGAUUACACUUUCACCUAAUGGGUAUAUGUUUGUGAAAAGUAAUGUCCGCAAAUCUAUAUUGGCAAAGAUGCUUGAAGAAAUUCUAAGUACUAGAGUGAAAGUGAAAGAAGUAAUGAAACUCUUUCGGGAUGAUAGAGAGUUGACCCGACUAUAUGAUGCAAGACAAUUAGCAUUAAAGUUGAUUGCUAACGUCACGUAUGGUUAUACUUCCGCAACUUUUAGUGGAAGAAUGCCUAAUCCAGAUAUCUCGGAUGCAAUUGUAUCUACAGGUAGAGAGAUUUUAAGCAAAUCAAUAGAAAUUAUUAACAAUGGAAAUUUUGGUGCCAAAGUUGUUUAUGGUGACACUGAUUCAUUGUUUAUCUAUUUCCCAGGAAAGUCACGAUCUGAGGCAUUCAGUAUUGGUCGUCAUAUAGCUCAGUACAUUACAGAUCAGUUUCCCGACCCUAUUAAAUUGAAGUUUGAGAAAGUCUAUCAUCCAUGCGUCUUGUUAACUAAAAAGAGAUAUGUUGGGUAUAGCUAUGAGUAUGAAAAUCAAACAUCUCCCAAGUUUGAUGCUAAAGGUAUCGAGACUGUGAGAAGAGAUGGUAUUCCAGCACAACAGAAGAUUGUUGAAAAGUCACUCAGGAUCCUUUUUGAAACUAAGAAUUUGUCUCGAGUCAAGGAGUACGUCCAAAAGCAAUUCCACAAGAUCUCGAUUAACAAGGUAUCAGUGAUUGAUUUCUGUUUUGCAAAGGAGGUUCGUUAUGGAACAUAUAAGAACGAGAAAUACCUUCCUCCGGGUGCCAUAGUUGCUCAGAAGAAGGUUGACGAAGACCAUCGAAAGGAGCCUCAGUACAGGGAACGAGUUCCUUACGUUGUAGUUCUGGACCCUACAAAGACAAGAAUCAAAGACAGAUGCAUAUCCCCAGAGGAGUUUAUCGACUCUUACAAGACCACAAAUCCUUAUAUUUUGGACUAUGAAUACUAUAUCACAAGGGUUCUUAUUCCUCCGUUAGAGAGAAUCUUCAAUUUGAUAGGUGUGGAUGUAAAAGGAUGGUAUCGAGAAUUACCCAAGUUUCAGAAGAACCUGAACAAAGGCAUUUUGAAUAUCAGCCGAAAUAUAAGAACCCAUGCCUGUUUGGGAUGUGGAGAUAAGUUACAAUCUAGUACGUCCAGUUAUUUAUGUUCCAGUUGCAGGCAUAAUGAAUUACAAGUGGUGACUAAUCUACUUCUGGAAAACAAGAAAAAUGAAACCAACAUCAUCACCAUGAACUCCCUUUGCCAAAGAUGUGUCAACCGCAACUUUGAAGGAAUUGGCACUAAUGUGACCAAGAGUUGUGCUGACGAGUGCCAGAAUCGAGACUGCUCUGUCUACUACAACAAGUUCAAGGCUCACAAU